UAUGACCAACGGCAAGACUUUAAAACCCGGCCCCAUAUUCGAAGCAAAGAAACGUCGUUAUAAGAUUUGGCUUCUUCAACGCCCUCUCAGUGGCCUGGAUGCCAUACUUGCUGCCCAGGGUCACAAACUCAACCGUGAAAGAAUUAUAUCCGAAGCUCAAGAAUUGGGUCUGAGCUUGGAAUCUAUUGCACCAUUUUUGAAUGGUUUCUCAACAACUGAUACUACUACUACUGGUACCAAUGCUGAAGUGGAAGGAGGAUCCAAGGGCUCUGCUGCAGAUCCAACAGAACCAAUUGGUCAAUACUGAUGUUUUAUUUUACUAUGGAUUGAGCUUAUAGUUCGCUGUUAUCUCAUCCAGGUUAAGAAUCUGAAUUUGAUGCUUCUAAUGGGAUUUUGGUUGUGAUCAUGGUCUUACCUGUUUAGGGCAUUUCACAUUUUCUUUUUCUUGAUCUUAUCGGAUAAAUAACAUGUGUUUCUUUGUGUAGAAGAACUUAAAAGAAUACCAUCUUGGCAUAUGUUUUCUGUAAAUAGAAAAAAUGUCAUAGGGCUCAAUAAUGAUGUUACAGCUCAAAAUUCGACCCGUCACUUAUGAAUAGACAUAUUCGGGUUACAUUUUGUU